UUCAGAAGAAAAGACAUUGUAGUUAAUGGUGGAGAAAAAGGGUUCCUUCAUAUCCUAGGAAGAGAUACGGAGUCUUUUCGGUUUUACAUACGCAAGACAGACCUUCGUAGUCUUCAUCCGAGUUCACAAGAUCACAACUGCCAGAACAAAUGUUUUAACUCUCGCGAGUGAAAGUUAUCGCCAUGGGGUGCGGUACUAGUUCUACUCCUAGCAGAUCCGAACUCCAUGGUAGGUCCGUGGAGGAAGGACCCGCCAUCCCCCGCCGGCGCCCUAAACAAACAAAUGUAGAGACAGUGAUCGUAGGUCCUCCGACCGAGAGCUCGGGAUUCCAUGCACCCGAAGUCGAUGAAACUGACCAUGGGCCGAUCGUCCGUCGGUGCAUAGAGUUCCUGAAAGUCGCCACGUCUACCGGCGGCCAGACGGCCCGUCGGAGCCCGCUGGACCCCGAAGGUCUACAGCAGACGGCCGGCCAACGGAAGGCACUGUACCCGGAGUUUGUGGCAUCUUUAGAGAGGCUUCACGUGACUCAGUCUUACAUCGAUGACAGCUCCAUGGAAAGUCUUCUUACUGUGUGCCGAAUGAGUGACUUGACGGACACAGAACUUGCGAAUGAACUGGUGGAGAAGAGAUACCCGGAGCUUUUUGUGAAAAUCUGGAACGCGGUCUACGAUAAGGAUAUCUACUUGUCCCCGGGAUUGACGAGAGAAUACAUUGCCUUCAACCUUCUCAAGCAAGCCACGAUCAGUUUCACCCACGUCAGUUGGAACCUGUGCGUGGAAAUGGGCAGUGCUAAACACGGGAUUGUCCCGCUGAUUGCCAAGGAGUUUGACCAUCCUCUGAUGACCCAGGAGGGAUUGAGGAGCGGGGUCAAGAGAGCUCUCUGGAACUCACCAAGGGAGACACUGAAGAAGAUGAUCAACAUCUUGGCCAAUAUCAUCCGGAAGAACAUCGACAACAAGCCCGUGUUCCGAGAAGCUCAAAUUGUUCCUCAUCUUCAAGAAUUACUGAAGUGUCGAUUUAUGAUCAUGCGCGCUAAGGCGCUCUUCUGUCUCGUCUACCUCAUCAAUGAAGACGAAAACGAGGCUCUCAAUACAGCGGACGAUAACAUCAAUUUCGUUCUCAAGGUGUUGGGGAAAUGUUUAGAUCAGCGGGGCCACUACUCGGACCAUUACACGUUCUCGGCCGAGGUGGUCGUCAAUGGAAUCGUCCACAUGGCGGUGAAUGACUCCAACAAAGUGAAACUUGUCAAGAAUGGCGUGCUGCCGAAACUGAUCACCAUGUUAAAGACGGACAACAUAGCCGAGAAACGCGCCGCUGCCAAAGCUGUAUGGAAGCUAGCUUUCCAUGAAGACAACAAGAAAGAAUUCAAGACAAACCACACUCUGAUAUCAGUCUUGAAGGAACUCCAAAGCAGUGAAACGGAACAUAAGAUCCUUAAGGCCUGUUCGGCAGUCUUAUGGAUGCUGGACGCAACGGGCGGGGACGGUGUGGAGAAAGGACAACAUGAAACUGUCGAGAAGCCGCCAACACUUCCGGGCGGAAAAGAUAACGGAGAAAUGGAGGUUCAGUCCGUGGAUGGAGACGGUUUCGAUGACGACAAGCCCCACGUGAUGAUCAGCUACCAAUGGGGAUGCCAGAUGCAAAUGAUCAAAGUCAAAGAACUCUUGAGGGCGGCAGGGUACCACGUAUGGAUGGACGUGGACAACAUGGGUGGUUCGACGCUUGAGUCUAUGGCCACUGCAGUGGAGCGAUCUGCCGUCGUGCUUGUAUGCUUCUCAGAGAAAUACAAACGGAGCGCCAGUUGUCGAACAGAGGCCGAGUACACCUACAAGCUACAGAAGCCCAUCAUCCCGCUUCGUCUGCAGUUAGACUACGACCCGGACGGCUGGCUGGGCAUCAUGAUCGGCGCCAAGCUGUACGUGGACAUGAGUCGACCGGACAACUUGGAGGAAGACUUCAGCAAGUUAAAGCAGCAGCUUGGCGAGAGAGGCAGGGUGGCAAAGGAAGGCUUCGGUACACUGAGGUCCACCAUCAAAUCCACUCGCAAAGAAAGGAAAGAAAAUAUUGAUGGCAGUGGAGGCCAAGGAACGGAUUUCAAUCGCUCGACGACCCAACGACGGAGCAUGAACGCCAAAAACACGGGCACCCAAGAAAACGUCUGCGCUAAGGCGGUCUCAGCCUGGACCAACGACCAGGUCAACGCCUGGCUGACCAAGCACGGACUAGUGGGGCUCAAGAACCGAUUUGACGGGUACAGCGGACAGCGCCUGCUCGGUCUCAAGACAAUCUCCGCGGAGGCUCCGGACUUCUUUUACUCGGAGCUCAAGAAAGAUCUGGGCUUCAAGAGCCUGUUGGAGAUCGUGACUUUUAAGCAGGCCUUGGAUGGGAUUAUCUAACAGUAGAGGAAUACAAUUCCUGGACUUUCUAAAAAGAUGUUGUUCGAAAUGUCAACGACAUUUGCUUUGAGUGUACAUACAUAAGAAAUAUGUUUCCACAUUUGAUUUUUCAAACCUUGUUUAAACCUUUCCAACAUGAAAGAAUGGCUUCAAAGAAUGUUUGUAAGUUUAUAGAGAACAUACAGGUAUCAUUUUCACAGCUUUUAAACUGCAUGAUUCCAUGCAAUUAACAGAAAGUGUUGCUUUAAAGAACUACAGAUUUUGUAUGAUCGCAUCCUCAUGUCGAAUCGUUAUCAUGAUUAUGUCAAUUAAGAUCGCAUUGAAAUAAUGUCUGGAUCUGGCAAUCGUCGUGUCGAACGCCCUCUACGCCCUGAUAGGUCACACUGGCCAUUUUGGAGGAUAGCCGAAUUACAAAACCACCUUAAUUGCUGCCUUCCAUAAAUUCGACUCCGACUUUGAAUUCUUACUGAUGAAUAAACUAAAUGCGAAAAUGUUUUUUUUAUUUAAAAAA